AUGAUGAAGGAUCAUGGUCAGAUGCGGGCUAUGCACUCGGUCGCCCAUAUCUUCGAUACGCAAAUGCUUAUGAUUGUGUCUUACGUUGUCGACGGUGCGACAUACGUUUAUCUCAUGUUUCAAGUCCCAAUCAAACAAACUGUCCUUCAGGAGGAGAAAUUAGCAUUUGUCGAGGAUCAGAAUGUCGGCAUGAGAAUCAAAUAA